AGCUCAAAGCAUACGUCGUUGCAUGCCAUCGCCAAGAGCUUGGCCGACCUGACAACGCACAAACGUUUCUUACCGAAGGAUCCGUCGAAGUGAAAAUUCGCGCGGUUUUUGAGCUUUUUUGUUAUCGUUGUUAUUUACGAAUCCCCCUCCCCCCCCCCCCCCCACCAACCCUCCGUCCUCCCCUCGAUUCAGUGUAGAUGAUCAAGUUUUUCACCGUGCUCGCAAAGACGACGAUGUGAACAAACGAGCACGGCAAGUGAUUUGUUGGAAAAAUAUUACGGUCUAAAAAGGAACGUAACGUUACGGUGAUUUCAACGAAAGGGAAAAGUGCAGCGAGGAACGUAGGACUCCGCUGAUCAUAAGUGAUUGUUGUUUUUUUUUUCAUCUGAUCGUUGCUUGGUUGAUUCGUUUUUUUAAUUUCACUUAAACUCAAUUUGAACGGUUGUCAGGGAGGAAAAGUGACGCAUUGGUGUUGGAUUUGAUGGGAUUGUUGUUGCGUUGAAAGGGAUAUCGUAGAUGCAUCGUUGCAUGACGAGGACCGAUCCUCGCGUCGAGACAUUAAGAUCAAUUAUAAAGUGAUUAGAUACAUAGUUGGUGAUCAAAGGACGCGAAUGAGGAAGGAGAAUAAGGAAGAACUCGGAACGGUGUGUGUAUUAUAUGCAGUGACGUGCGUACGUCGGUACGUACGCGGUUAAGUGCCGCGCAUGCAUAAUAGAAAAGUGAGAAAUUCACCCUUGUACAGAAAGAGGCACGUAAAGACAGACCAACACAGUGGUAAAACUCGUUGAACGGACGGAGGUUGUAUUGUGCGCUUGCACCGGCUCGGUGAAUAGGCGCGCUUAUAUAAAAAUUAAUUAUGAAAAAAUGAAAGCGGAAAUGGCGGUGAGCGGCGCGGCAGCGGCGGUAUACCUCGGUAAUUAUGUUAAGUGGCCAAUUAGCAAUUAGCGGAGAAGCUACUAGCGAACACUGUACCGGGCACCUUAAUUGCACCUCAGCCGGUUACCAGCACCAAGAGCGCAGGAGCUCGUGUGCCGUUUAAACUAUCGUAGUUCCAACAAUCUUCAAAGUUGGCGUCCGUCAGGAAACGACCGGCGAUCACCCCAGCCGUAGGAUAGUUGAGAGGUUGAGUCCGGAUCGUCGAAGGAGGAUCGAUUGGCGAGCUUCCGGGGCGACGAACGAUCGGCAAGAUUAUUUCGCCCAGGUAUCGAGGGAGUCCUGCAGGGCUGGCGAGUAGGGACGCUGCGACUUCGGGCGUGCCGAGAUCAUCACCGGGUGAAUCGCGUGCCGUUAUGACGGUCCAUCACCACCACAAUCACCACGUGCCGACCCUGGGUGGCAUCAGCGUCGGUGCAGGCAGCCACGGGUUGAACCUUACCGGGAUAUCCGCAGGACUGGACGCCAGCAGGAGGCUUCAGCAGGACGGUCUCCACCAGGACAGGAACGGGCUCGUCGAGCGGCUCGUCGGAAACGGAAUCGAAAGAAGCGGCUUACCUGCCCAGGACAGGAACGGCCUGAUCACGGAGAGGAGUCACAUCGACAGGAUGGGCGAUGCUUCGACGACGAUGCCGCAGAGGUCCAGGUUCAUGAUCACCGACAUCCUCGCCGGCGCUUCGAGCCCCUCGAGUCCCUCAAGCCUGAUCCAGGGUCAGGGACCUCCCGGAAGCCCACCGUCGACACCCCGAGAUCUCAGCGUCAGGCAUCAGUCCAGAUCUUCCCUCAAUAACAGCACCCUCGACGAGGACAGCGACGAAAGUCAUCACGACGCCGCAUCCGUCUCCUCGAACGGCGGUAAAGAAGACGACCCAAAGGGCUCGUCCUCAAGUUCCUCAAGUUCAGCGCUGAGCAAAAAGCAGAGAAAAGCCCGAACGGCGUUUACGGACCACCAGCUCCAAACCCUGGAGAAGAGCUUCGAGCGUCAGAAGUACCUCAGCGUCCAGGACAGAAUGGAACUGGCGGCGAAGCUCUCGCUGACGGACACUCAGGUCAAAACGUGGUACCAGAACAGAAGAACGAAGUGGAAGCGGCAGACGGCCGUGGGUCUUGAGCUACUGGCUGAGGCGGGAAACUACGCGGCGUUCCAGCGACUCUACGCCGGUGGCGUCGGGGUCCCGGGACACCCGUCGGCCGCGGGGCCUUACUGGCCCUACCCUGGGGGCCCGCCCCCACCCCCAAGCGACAUCUAUUACCGCCAGGCGGCGGCGGCCGUCACCCUGCAGAAGCCACUGCCGUACCGCCUCUACCCCCCGGCAGCGGCGAUGAUGCUUGCCGGGCCGAGCGCCCCCCUGGGAACCCUGGCGGCUAGCUCGAGCCUAUCUAGUCUUAGCAGCUACUACAGGGCGAGUCCCGACACCCUCGACGCGAGGGAUCGAGAAACCCUUGAGAGGGCGAGCGUCGGGAGGGCGUCGAGGAGCCCCGAGAGGAGCACGCCACCCCCGAGAGAAGACACACCCCAAAGCGUGAGGGCGGAGAGCGACGACGAGAGCAUACACGACGUCUAGACUUUUUAAGACUCCGUAAAUUUAACAAUUAUUUUUUAUCAUAUUUAUUAUUGACGGUGUUUUGUCAUGACGAAUGUACCGAUUUUACCGGUCAGAUCACGAGUUUUCAGUCUGGGUUCUAAGCGUCAAAUUUUUAUUUCUUCCACGUAACUGAUGAAAGAGAAGACAGUUUUAUCGGAUAAAGUUUGCUUUUGUAGAAACCAGAAUGAUAUUUCGAUUUAUAAAAAUAAUACUGUUUCGGUUUUUUAUUAGCUGAAUAAUUUUUGAUCACACAUUUUCUUCAAUUUUCAUACAACACUCUCCUGGACGCGAAAUCAAACUUUUUUGAAAAAUAGUAAUUUUCAUCACUUGACACAUAACAAUAACCAGGUACACAAAACCCAGUCAAAAAAUCUCUGUAGGCUAGCGAUAUUAUUAAAUCGUUAUUAUUUCUUCCAAGACUGCAAAAGCAAACUUUAAUAUAUCGGGGUACGUUAUAUAUAUUUUUUAUAUUUUUCCAACUGUUUUGAUGCGUGACAAACGAGAAAAUAAUUAACUCAACCCAGGCACAAAAUUGAACAAUUGUUUUACUGAACGAUGUACUUUGCGUACAGAAUUUGACUUAUACUUAUUAUGUACACUUGGCGGGGAGUAAUAUUGGAAAAAAAUAAUCAUAAUGAAAACAGACAAACAUUAAUUUCAACUAUCGGUUCAAUAUGGAAAAACAAAGCGGAUUUUUCUUUCUUUUGCUUUCUUUUUACAACAGAAUAAUUUCUAUGAAUAUUAAUUUUCAUCGCUGUGAUAACGGUAUUAUUAUAAAUAUGCUUGAUAUUUUGUAGCAGAACAUUUUACUUCAACGACAUUCGACUUUUGUUUUUUCACCGACGACUCAUAUUUGUUUAAAAAAAAAAAAAAAAAAAAAAACAUCUGAUUGGUCGGAAAAAUGAGCGAUAUGGUCAAUCAUUUGCACCGAUAACUGACCUUACCGUUUAUUUGGAUCAAAUUAAUGCUUCGAUUCAAUUCCAUUACGUUUGGUGUAAUUCAACAAGUAAUUGCUCUCCACGUGAUAUUUUACGUGUUCGGUAUCUCACACUGUUGAAAGAAAGAAAUAAAUGGAUGCACGUAUUUUUGAGACGUUAUUAUCAACUCGAUGAUUUUCUCUUCGAGUUAUGGACAAAAAAAAAAAAAAAAGAGAGAAAACUUCUCGCAAUAUACUUUCAUCAAGUAACGAAACUCAAAUUUCACCAGUUGCGAGAAAACCGAUCAGAAAAAUGUCAUCAAAAUCGUUAAAACACGUUUAUAGGCGGAAUUGGAAAAAUGAAAAAAAAAAAAAUUAAAUCGUGUUUUAAAUUCUUCGCCGAAUCUUUUUCGAAAUCAUGCGGGUUACAAUUUUCUUUCUCGGCUUAACGAGUCGGCUUUUCCUGAAACGUGAAAAGCAACGUCAACUUACCUCAGCUAAAAUAAUGAAAAAAAAAAAAAAAACUAAACAAGAACGAAGAAAAAAAAACAGAAAGAAAAAAGAAACGUCAAUCCAACAGCGAACGCAAAUGUACAAUUAAUAUGACAUUAGCCUAUGCGACUGUACCUGCAGCGUAUACGCAGGUGAAAAAAAAAAAAAAAAGAUGAAACCACAAGUUUUAAACAACACUAAAUUAUAGAGACACGGUCGAUGCGGUGGCGGCAAAGGAGAGAGAAAGAAAAAAAAAACGAGAGACAGAAAGAGAUGAAGAGGAUUGCAAAAAGCUCUUUACACGGAACGCUCACGGUUAUUGUUACAUGUUUUAUGUACAGCCUCCGCAAUGCAAGCACGAUAGACAAAUCUGCAUCGAUGCAAACAAGAACGACGGCAGUGAUAACGCCACAAAAAAGGAGAAAAAAAAACAAAGUAACACAAUCGGUAGGAAUAGGAAUGCAAGAUAAGCGAAAAACGUUUGUUCAUUCGUAUCGCAGAACGAACGAAUCGGAUCGUUAUACGCAGAGCACGAGAAAAAAUAUUCCGUCUUUGUAAUUUUUUUUUUUUUUUUUUUGUGACGGGAAAUAAAAUCUUCACCAUUUAAUCGCGAGUAAUUUAUGUUAAUAUUGUUAUCAUUAUCAUUAUUGUUAUUAUUAUUACUAUUAUUAUUGCUAUAACUAUUAUUUUCAUUUUUAAUCAUUACCGUAUACGUAUGAAACGAGUAUACAUGUGUACAAAGAGUGCAAUUAGCUUGAUAAAUAACGGUGUAGAACAUACAACUUUAUCGUACACGAAUGGUAUAUUCAAUUUUGAUGAAAAAUGGUACGACUGCAUGACGAUGUAUAUAUGCAUAUUGUUAUAAUAUAUUAGUGGUAAUAACGAUUACUGAUAAUAAUGGGAAUAAUAAUAAUUAAUAAUAAUAAUGAUCGUAUUAAUCGCAAAUAUCGUAGUAUAAGUUGUACAACGCGAAUAGGUGUGAAAUAAAAUUUCCAAAAUUUCGCUACAACAAUACAUAAUUCGAAUUGCAAAACUUUUAGUUCUAUUGCGAUACGGCAGAAUAUAAUAAUUUACAUUGUCGAUCCGGAUUUGAAAACGUAAUAUUGGUUCAACCAUUGUAAAUAUUAUUAUUGUUGUUGUUGUUGUUAUUAUUAUUAUUAUUAUUAUUAUCAUUAUGUAGUGUAAUUCGAAGUAUAGGUUAGGUGUAAUUUUAACGGUAACCGUAAUUAUAUAUAUAUACACAGUAUUUAGAAACUGUACAUACAUUACACAUGGAUAUUAUAUACGUAUGAAUAUGUGGGUAAGUGUGUAACAGCCAAUGAAAAAUAUUGUAAAAAUAUAUAUAUGAUAUAUAUGAUAUAUCAUAUACAUAUUUACGUAGAAAUGUCAGAGAACGAGAAGAUUUUCGCUUUUCGCGAAAUAUUGUAAUAAUGUUAGAUAAAACUUUGACAUAAUACUUACGAAUAAUACGAAAUAGAAAAAGACAGUGAGAAGUUCGAAAAUAAAGGGUGAUAUGAACUAGCAAAGUUUAGGAUGCAAGGCACGAAAACUUGCUCGAUCCCGUAAAAAUAAGUGAAUUUAAUCGAUAAAUGAAUGGUGAGGAGGAGAGA